AUGUUUGGCACAGCAAGCAAUACAGGCACCAGUGGCGGGGGACUUUUUGGUUCCUCCAAUGCUAAUCAAUCUACUGGAGGAGGGCUAUUUGGAAGUAAAUCUGCUGGAUCGACUCCAGUGUUUGGAUCCCAACAACCACAGCAACAAAACACUUUUGGUCAAACGAAUACAUCGGGAGGAGGCGGUCUUUUUGGCCAGGCACAACCAGGUACCGCUGCUAAUGGGUCAACAAGUACUGGGCUAUUUGGCUCAUCUCAGCCUAAGCCAGCAUUUGGUGGUAGUGCAGGUGGUGGUACUGGUGGUGGUACUGGUGGUGGUAGCCUUUUCGGUUCAAACACUUCGGGAUCAGCAUUUGGAAGCAAGCCUGCAGGGCUGACUACUGGUGGGCUUUUUGGUAACAACAGCAACAACAACAAUAAUAAUAACAAUAACAUCAAUAAUACCGCUGGUAACACUGGAGGAUUAUUUGGAGGAAACCAAAGCAAUUCGACAUCAACUGGUGCUGGAUUAUUUGGUAACAACAAUUCUACAAGUAAUACAGGCGGACUUUUUGGUAAUAACCAACAAUCUGGAACAAAUACUACUAGCGGUGGAGGGUUGUUUGGAGGUGCUGGUGCAAAUAAACCCAGCGGAGGCUUAUUCGGCGGAAGCAGUGGCACUAACCAGCAAUCAAACACUUUAGGCAAUUCUGGUGGUUUAUUUGGCAACACUCAAUCAACAAAUAACACCGGUAGUAAUAUUAAUAACAAUAACAACACCGGAGGAUUAUUUGGAAACAAUCAGUCAUCAACAACUGGCGGUCUUUUUGGAAACAAACCAGCAACGUCAACGACAGGUGGUCUAUUUGGCUCUUCCACUACUAAUAAUUCAAAUACAUCUGGUGGUCUUUUUGGAAACAAGCCAGCUCAACUGACAAGCGGUUCCCUUUUUGGACAAACACAGCCCGGUCAACAACCGCAACAACAGCAACAACUGGGUGGGUUAUUUGGGUCAAACACUUUGAAUAAUCAGCAACCAUCAUUCAGUUGGAAUCUGCAACAGUCCCAACCGCAAUUCCAGCAGCAGCAGCAACAACAAAAUCAACAACAGAAUCAACUAAACAUGAAUCAAAAUGCAUCACUCUUUGGUAAUUUAGGGCAGGCUAAUAGCAACAUUAAUAAUCAACAAAUAUCGAACCCCAGCUCAUAUACGCCGGCAAUUAAUGAUCAGCUCGCGAAAAUAUGGGAACAAUGGGAUCCAAACUCGUCAAAAUGCGGAUUAAAGACCCAUUUUUACAACAAGUUCAAUGAUCAAGAGAUACAACAAUUGCUUGCACAGCCACGACCUGCAAAUGAAACCGUCGAGGAUUGGGAUAAAGCUAUGGCAGAAAGACCAAGCCCCAACACGUACCCUAUAAAGAUCACAUCGUACACGGAAGUAGCUCAAAGAAUUGAAGCACAACUUGACCAAGUUGCCAAGUCUAGAGUAGUAUUAAAUUCCAUUAAUGAAAAACUUAACACCUUGUCUGCAAAACACGAUUUGGGGAAUACUACCAGAAUAUUAAAGGCUAAAGCAAGACAUACACAAUUGUCUCGAAGAGUGUUAAGAUUGGCGACGGUAUUGGCAAUACUCAAAUUGAAAGGAUACCCAUUACUGCCAGAAGAGGAAGGAAUUGCCAAACAGUUUGACCUUUUAUCAUCUAAGAUCAAUGACCCAAGUAGUCCAAUUGGGAAGCUUGGUGAUAUCUUUGCCAAAUUGACGGUAUUAAAGGAACGCGCAGAAGACUUGAAUUCGCAAUUCGACCAGUCGAUGCAUUCACUUAAUGGCACAUUGAAUGGAGAGAAUGUAAAAGAAAACGAGCAAGAAGAAAGUGGAAACACUGAAGAUGCGGUCAAUAAGAUUGCCAAGGUGCUUUUGAAACAGCAAAUGGGAUUAAAUUACCUUAAUGAUGUAUUAGAAAAGGAUUCAGAAAAGGUGCAGCAAUUGGCGAAGGUUAAAAAAUAG